AUGGACGGUUUUGAUUAUGAUGUUGUUCGAAGGAUGGUGUACGAUUUUCAUUUACGAUUUAAUGAAUUACCGACAGUAAAAUCAUUAAAAGCUAAAUUAUCUGAGGCUAUUAAUUACAAUGGGUCUGAAAAGACAUUGCGAAGAAUACUUCAUGAGAUGGGAUUUCAGUUCACUAAAAUGGAAAAUAAUCGAAAAGUUCUUAUGGAAAAGCACGAUGUGAGUCUCAGACGAAUCGAAUACCUCUACAAAAUACGCAAAUUUCGCGAAACAGGAAAAAAUAUAUUCUUUAUGGAUGAGUCUUACAUACAUACUCAUAUAUCUCACACUAAAGGAAAAACUUGGAGUGAUGAUAAGAAAAAAGGAGUAAAAGGCCAGCGUUUGAUAAGUGUUCACGCGGGGAACGAAAAAGGCUUUGUGCCCGGCUUUUUAAUGUAUAAAUCCACGGAUACUACAGGCGAUUAUCACAAUGAAAUGAAUAACAAUAAGUAUGAAAAAUGGUUGGUUAAUCAAUUAAUUCCAAAUAUACCCAGUAAUUCUGUUCUAGGUAUCGACAACGCACCAUAUCACAACAAAUUCUUUGAAAGACCUCCCAGUUCAAACACAAUUAAACAGGAAAUGAUCAACUGGUUAUACAGACAUGAAAUUUCAGUUGACCCAAAAUUGACGAAACCCCAGAUUUAUGAUAUUAUAUGUCAGGACAAGGAGAGGUAUACAAAGUUUUCCGUGGACAAGGUACUUGCCGAACAUGGACACAUUGUGUUGCGAUUGCCAACAUAUCAUCCAGAUUUUAAACCAAUUAAAAAUAUAUGGCCUCAACUGAAAGGCUAUAUAGCCGCUAGAAACGUGGAUAUGAAUUUAACGACAAUAAAAAAAAUAUUGACUGAAAAAAUAAACAUGAUCGGGGCUGAAGAAUGGAAAAAGGUUUGCGAUCAUGCGAUCAAAUGUGAGAAUGAAUAUCAAAGAAUUCAACACGAUUUAGACAAUUACACUGAUAGACUUGUUAUAAAUACGGCUGAUAGUGACAAUGAGAUUGACCUCAUGGAGAGCACAGAUAGUGAAAGGGAAGGAAUUGAGAAUUUAGGUGAUUAA